AAACAAACAGGUCGACAGAAGAAAUAUAUCGGUUGCCGGUCGGGGUGCUUUGGUCAGACGGACAGAGAAGUUAUCAAGCGUAGCUCAUUUGCAUGUUGUAACGGUUCACUGCUCGCGCCGGUGAUAUAUGUGGAUGCGGUCCAGAUCAGUGGUAAUGUUGUCGCAUUAUUCGCAUGUUCGGCCCGUUAUGACGGUCAGUCCGUUCGGGUUUUGUCAGCGUGACAUUUCUUGUUUUUAAAGCGACAUUGCCGUGCAAAGAUAGAAGUUAUUUUUAUUUGCGCAUUUCAUUGUUAUAAUCAACUAUGCAUACGCGGCGGCUGGUGAAGCGCUCGGUCAUUGGGAGCCGCGUUUACGCGCCGGGUUUAACGGGAGACGCGGCUCCGCUCACGGGAGUGAUCCAUGCUGUCAAACAAGACAACAGAGAUGCUUCGACCGGCCAUCGGCGCAACGUGUACACGGUGCUCAUGCAAGACGGGAGCUUGAAAGAGUACUCAGAGGAAGAGAUUGCACAGAUGACUGCGAAAGCGCCGCUGAAGUCGAGCUUGAAGAGCACCUGUAAUGGUGGCCAGCGGGACGGGCCCACGCAGGGCCAGAAUGGGGGCAUGCAGAGAGGAGAGGUGCCCUCCCUCAGCCCGGAGAGCACAGAGGAGCCAAGGGUGUUGGAGCACAAGCGAACGGGCCGGGCGCUAGAGCCAGAGAAAGAUCACACCCGCUCUGUUUCUCUGCUGGAACAAAAACGCAAGGUGGUCUCUUCCAGCAUCGACGUACCACAAGCCAGAAAAUCAGAGGAGGAGGUGGACAUGGACAAAGUGACAGCUGCCAUGGUGUUGACCAGCCUGUCCACUAGUCCUCUGGUGCGCAGCCCUCCUGUAAAAGUUAGUGAGGGUCUGAACGGCUCAUGGAAGGACGGAGGCUUUACUCCAUCCAGCUACAGCAGCAGUGGAUAUUGGAGUUGGAGUGCGCCCAGUGACCAGUCCAACCCAUCCACGCCGUCCCCUCCCCUGUCCGCUGACAGCUUCAAACCCUUUCGGAUGCCCAGCCUCAGCGGCCCACCAGACGACAACAUCGAUGAGCAUGAUGGGAACAGCUUGCUGUUCGACGAGCCCAUCCCCCGCAAACGCAAGAACUCCAUGAAGGUGAUGUUCAAGUGUCUGUGGAAGAACUGUGGGAAGGUCUUGAGCACAGCUGCCGGGAUCCAAAGGCACAUUCGAACCGUCCACCUGGGGAGGAACUGUGACUCAGAGUGCAGUGAUGGAGAGGAGGAUUUCUACUACACUGAGAUCAAGCUGAACACCGACUCUGUGGCGGACGGUUUGAGCAGUCUGUCUCCUGUGUCCCCGUCUGUGCUGUCCCCCCCGCCGGGUUUGGACCAGAGACAGCCGGAUGGCACUAACGGAGCAAAGAGCGAGAACAGCACCACCACCCCUCUCAGCCGCUCUGCUCCCAGCGCACUCUACCUAGUGCACACAGACCACGCCUACCAGGCCACAGCCCCUGUCACCAUCCCCUCCACCAGCUCCACUGGCUUCACCCCCUCCAGCAGCAGUUUCAGUAUCUCCUGGCAGUCUCCACCCGUCACAUUUACUGGCACCUCUGCCUCUCCCACUCACAGCCGGACGCAGGGCUUUGGGGAGCAGCGCUCUCAGACCAUUGCAGUGCUCUCCUCUCCCCCCAGAGCCGCAGGCUCACUCAGUAGGAAGUCACGAGGCGAGGGAAAGAAGUGUCGUAAGGUGUACGGCAUGGAAAACAGAGACAUGUGGUGCACAGCCUGCCGCUGGAAGAAAGCCUGCCAGAGAUUUGUUGACUGAAACAGCUGCGACGGCUUACACACAAAAACAGGGUGGGCUUCCUUUGCAUGCAUAGCAUAAUGAAAUACGUCCCUUCUCUUUCUUGCUGACCACAACCCCACCCUGCUUCACCUUAAACCCACAUGGACUUCGAGAGUCAAACCCUUAUGCAUUCCCUCCUAAACCAACGGACGCACUCCCAAUCUUUGCAGAUUUCCAACUCUCCCUUUGAGGCGAGUUGCUUUACACUGCAAAAAUAAAAAAAGACUUGUGAUCGAUCUUUUUGUUUGUGUUAAGUAUACUGCUUAAAAACAUUCUUGUCAGUUCCUAAAGGACCAGUCAGGGCAAGACCAGCCUCUGUCCAUGCUCUUUUUAAAAGAGAAGAAAGCUCUCUUUCAGACUGUGUAAGUGCUAUAAAAACCCAACUGGAGAAGUGUUUCUUUUUCCAUGGGCACAUUUUCACAUUUCUCCUGCCCAUUUUACUAAAGGUUAAGGGUUGGACAGCUAGAAAACCCUGUCUUCUCAAGAAUGUACCACCACAGGGGUUUGUUUUGGGAUGUUGACUGGACAGCUCCCCUGAAUGGAAAUUACUCGAUGCAAAAAUAAUAAAAAUAAAUAUGGGAAGAGAAGGACUUUCAGCUCCCCCUUUCAGUCA